AUGACUCUGGAGGAAGUCCGAGGCCUGGAUACAGUCCCAGAAAGCAAAGCCAGGAUGCAGAAAGCCGGGAAGGCGCUGCAGGAGCUGCUGCUUUCUGCGCUGCGCCAGGGCUGCCUGACAGUGGGCGUCUACGAGUCUGCGAAGGUUCUGAACAUGAAUCCGGACAACGUCAUGUUCUGCGUACUGGCCGCUGAUGAGGAGGACGAGGGCGACAUUGCGCUGCAGAUCCACUUCACUCUCAUCCAGGCGUUUUGCUGCGGGAACGACAUCGACAUCGUGCGUGUUGCUGACGUGCAGCGGCUGGCGACCAUCGUGGGUGACCAGGCCAGCGCGCCCGGCGACCUGCACUGCAUCCUUAUCUCGAACCCCAGUGAGGACGCAUGGAAAGAUCCUGCAUUGGAGAAGCUCAGUCUGUUUUGCGAAGAGUGCCGCAACGUUAACAACUGGGUUCCCAGUAUCCCCCUCCCCGAGUGA